CAAGUUGUCAAACAAAAACGUCAAAAAAGAAAGAGUGGUGUUGUUGGCCCUGUUGGCUUUUGUAGAUUUUGUAGUUAAUUUAGUCAAAUAUUUAAUCACAUAACAACAUUUAUAAUGAAUUUUACGUAAACAUACUAAAUUAGAGAAUUAAGUUAAGCAUUGUAAGCCGUUACGCUCGACGUAAGGCCGUUAUAUCAUAAUGACAUUGUGUAUCAAAUAAAUAUCCAUGAAUUUGAUGGAUAUUGUCAAUAUGGAGGUGAGGGAGGCUGGUGAUGGGGCAGCCGCUGGGGACUGCGUGCGGCCUCCGAACAAACGUUACACCUGGGCGGAGGUACGGCAAGCGGUACACGAUCUACGAAAGGAAUUAUCCUCAUUAUCAACCAUGGUUCCUAUGGCCAUAUCAUUUCGGAGACUGGCCAAUGGGAAGAUCAGGAUAUACUUUCUGAGGACUCCGCAGAACGGAUGGGAGAUAACUCUCUUGUAUACCGAUAUCACUUUGUCAUCACAGCCCAAUAGUGCAAGGUUAGAUUGGAAGCCCCUCAUCGAGUCCAACGUAGCGUUAGGCGUGACCUCAGGCAAGUGGUCCCGCGAGGAACAACUGCUGUGGGAGCGCCAGCGCGUGGCCGCUUGGGGGAUAGCCUCAUACGAGCUCCAUCCCGCCGGCAGAGUUCUGUUCCCCUGCGCCUCGUCGCUGUUUGUGGCCGAUGAGGGGAAUAAUCAGUCGCCCCCGCUGGUGCCCCGGUCGCUGCACACGGGCGGCGGCGCCCCGCUGACGCCGGCGAUGUGUCCGCGCGCGGCGGCGCUGGUGGCGCACGCGGCGCGCGGCGACGUGUGGCUGGCGGGGGGCGUCGCUAGCCCGAAACGGCUGACGUUCGCGUGCAAGGGCCGCGAACCUGACCGGUUAGCAGACGACCCCAAACAGGCUGGGGUCCCGUGCUACGUCACCCAGGAGGAGUUCUCCCGGUACACCGGCUUCUGGUGGCAACCCACAACUGAUGAUGACGUAUAUAGAAUAGUAUACGAGGAGGUAGACGAGAGUGACGUGAAGAUAUUCAGCUUCCCCUCCUCACAGACCAGCAGCGGGGAGCUGGAGGAGUUCAGGUUCCCGCGGGCCGGCACGCCUAAUGCCAAGUCCACACUGAAAAUGGUGACGUUCAGAUUGCAGCGCGCUUCGCCCUCAACCGUUUUGGAUUAUUAUCAAGAAGGCGUAGCGGAUUCUUCGUCAGACGUCAAAGAACCCUUGGAAGUGACAGACUUACAAUGGUUUUCACUGCGGACUCCUCUGAAGGAAGCGUUCCCGUGGAGCGAGUACCUGGCCAGGGUCGGCUGGACGCCCGACGGGAAAUUCGUGUGGGUACAACUGCUGGACCGCAAGCAACAACGUCUGGAGCUGUGUCUCAUUCCACUCAGCUCGUUCAGUACUCCGUUCACAUAUGAUUCACAGGAGACGCCGAAAACACGUAACAGCGUGGAUCAGAAAAUAGAAGACAUACAAGUUCUAGUUUCGGAAGCGGCGCCUGACGCCUGGAUUAACGUGCACGACAUUUUGUACUUUCUACCGUCGACUGAAGAUCGAGUUUCCUUUAUCUGGGCCUCGGAGGAGACUGGCCACCUACAUUUAUAUCUAAUUACAUGUGCAAUAGUUAAGGAUCGACCGAGAUCCGUUAUAGAAAUGAUAACCGAAGACGAUGUGGUGGUUGGACCUAACAUUAUAAGCAAAGAAGCGAUCACGUCGGGCGAAUGGGAAGUCAUGGGGAAGAAUGUAUGGGUAGACGAGUCCCGUCAGCUGGUAUACUUCAUGGGGCUCCGCGAGACGCCGCUGGAGCGCCACCUGUACUGCGCGUCGUACGCGCGGCCCUCCGCCCCCGCGCUCCUCACCGCCGUGGGGCACUCCACUGCGGUACACAUUGACCGGGAGUGCACGACGGCGGUGAUAACAUCGUCCAACAUUAGCACCGUCCCGGUCACCAGGGUGUACAGGAUCGUGCACACUCCGGCGCCGGCGCUGCUGGUGCAGGGCACUCUCAUGGAGAGGGCCGCCUCAGAGUUGUCGGACACGCGGAGUAUCAACGGGUCGUGGGACAGUCGCUCCGGCGACGGGGACGACGAGUGCUCAGAUAGCGGGCUGCUUAUUAGAGAGAACACGCUAUCGCUGUCUCAGCUCCCCCCAGCUCAGAUCUACAGCACGUGGUUGUCGUGCGGCGCACGCGCAUACUGCGCGCUGUGGCGCAGCGCGCGAGGCGGGCGGAGCCCCACCGUGCUGCACGUGUACGGCGGGCCCGAGGUGCAGCUCGUCACUAACACUUACAAGGGUAUUAGACAGCUACGUAUGCAUAUGCUAGCCGCCCGGGGCUUUAACGUUGUGGCGGUGGACUCGCGCGGGUCCAAGCACCGGGGCCGCGCGUGGGAGAGCGCCAUCCGGGGCAAGAUGGGGCAGGUGGAACUGGACGACCAGGUCGAGGUCCUGCAGUGGCUGGCCAAAGAAACAGGAUGUAUCGACAUGGAACGAGUGGCGAUUCAUGGCUGGAGCUACGGUGGCUAUCUCUCAUUGCUGGGUCUGGCGACCCGUCCGAACGUGUUCAAAGUGUGUGUGGCCGGCGCUCCGGUGACCUCCUGGAGGCUCUACGACACGGCGUACACGGAGCGCUACAUGGGGCUCCCGCACGCGGCUCCGCACGCGUACACGCGCGCCAGUGUUCUAGCGCACACGCCUUUCUUCCCCGACCAGGAAGGUCGCCUUCUCAUAAUCCACGGACUUGCGGACGAGAAUGUACACUUCUGUCAUACAGCGGCGUUGCUCGCGGAACUCGUGCGACUCGGAAAACCUCACCGGGUCCAGGUAUAUCCGGGCGAGCGGCACUCGCUGCGUGCAAUGCACGCGGCUAAACACUACGAGGCGACGUUGCUUCACUUCUUACACGAAAACUUGUAAAAAAACCACUCAAACACACACACACACACACAUAUACAUACAUACAAGACAUAAACUCCAUCUUGUCAGUUUUUUCUUACAAGUCUUAUUAUGUAAAUUGUGUCAUGUAUUUUAUGAUUUCAGAGCGAUAUAAUUUUUGAAAUAAUAAAUUAAAAUAGACUUUUUGUAAAUCACUUUCGCGGUUAAUAAAUGUUUUACUUUAGAAUGUAUAGGUUUGAGCAAAUAUUUAAUACAUCAAUGGUUUGAACUGAUAUAUACAAUACAAUACAAUACAAAAUAUCUUUAUUGCCCGUAAAAGGGUGAUUUUCACGAGCGUUUGAACGCGGCGUGUAGCGUUUCAUUAGUGUCCGACAAUCAUUUUUUAAUAAAGAAUCUUUUUUUUUUUAAUUAAACAUUUCUACAAUUAACAUUGUACCAGUACUUUAGUUAUUUAUAAAAUAGGAUAAUUAAAUUGAUUACUGUGUGUGGUACAAUUUGAUAAACACUAAUAAGAACCCGUGACGGAGUACGAAACGCUCGUGAAAUUCUCCCAAAAAUAGUAUCGAUACAAAAUAUAUCAUAUAUGAUAUUUAUUUUAUAUUUAUAUUCAUGAUAUUUGAUUUGUUUUCAACGAAAUUCUACAAUAAAAAAAUAAAACAAAUAAAUAUAUAUUAUUUUCAUAUAAAUAUAUAUAUGAACAAAUCACACAGAUUGAGCUAGCCCCAAAGUAAGCUCGAGACUUGUGUUAUGGGAUACUGACUCAACGAUGCUAUAUUCUAUAAUAUACACAUUAUAGAUAAACAUCCAAGACCCAGAUCAAUCUGAAAAAUAUCAUUUCCCAUGUUGACCUGACCGGGGAUCGAACCCGGGACCUCCAGUACGCACACAAUAAGCACUGUGAAUAUUGUUUACAUGUUAAGAUUCGUAAGAAACGGCGUGUGGGACGGUAAAGAAAUUCGAAUUAGAUAUUCUCAGAGCGCUGCGGCCGCGCUGUCAUUACGAUCCGUCAAUUUUCCCGAGAAAGGAAUCAUUUCUGAAAUGGAUCAUUCACAAAAUUUACAUUGCCACAGUACAGAUUAAUUAUUGUAAAGUCAGACAGUGAAACUAAUUUUUGUCUUUGUUGAAAUUUGAAAAAUUUUAAUAACAGCGCGUGCGCAGCGAUCGAAACGCUCUGCGAAACACCCAAUAAUAUUUUACAACGAUAAUAUUGUAACCUUGAAAGAAUUUUGUUAAAAUAAAUACAUUAUUGUACAUACAGUAUAUACAGAAUAACAUAGUUUUGUUUUUUUUUAUUACUAAAAUGUCAUUUCUGACACAAGCUUUUAUUGCUGUCAGUGAGAUCUUAUUGCAAUCGAUGUGUGACAAAAAAAAAAUCAUGGCCGUACGGGGAGUUCCCACGUCUGGAGCGUUUCCUGAGUGCACCAGCAGGCGAUGCUUAUCAUAAUAAUGUAUUGUCAUCCAAACAAAUGAAUGAGAAAUUUCUGCUCAAUCGGUUGAAGAUAUCUGCUUCAAAAUUUAGUUGCAAGAUUUCCACCCGAGACAUCCAUCGCUUUAUUGCAAGUAAAAUCUUGUAAUAAAUAACGGCGAUGUGUCAUCUUUGCUGGCAACACUAGUGAUCUUACUUGAUACUAGCUUUUACCUAAAUAAUUGCCGGAGUAAAUCUGCUCCAACUCAACUGUCUCCACUCCACACCUAAAAUAUCUUUGAAAGAGAAAAUCAUUUAUUCGGCAAACACAUAAAAUCCAAACAUACAAAAGAGUAACGAAUAUAGAUCGAAUACAAUAUGUAAGCCGAAAUGGCGACCAGCUCAGCACGGUGCCGUGGUAUCGAGCCAAGGCGCUGAUUUUCAGCUGGAAUAUGUUGUUCCGUUUUGACGUGAAAGACGGACAAAUAAACACACUAGUAUGCAUUCAUAUUUAACUGCACAAGUGUUACUUUUAUACUGUAUACAUUUUUGAAAAUAAAUUAUAUAAAUACAUAUAUAGGACAAAUCACACAGAUUGAGCUAGCCCCAAAGUAAGUUCGAAACUUGUGUUAUGGGAUACUAACUCAACGAUACUAUAUUUUAUAACAAAUACAUAUAUAGAUAAACAUCCAAGACCGGGGCCAAUCAGAAAAAGAUAAUUUUUCCAUCAUAACCCGACCGGAGAUCGAACCCGGGACCUCCCGAUUCAGGGGCAAGCACUUUACCACUGCGCCACCGAGGUCGACGAUGCAUAAACAAAAAAAAUUACGUUAUCAUUUCAUAGUAUCCUAAUAUAAUAAAUGCGAAAAUAAAUUUGUUUGUUACCUCUUCACGCAUUAUCUACUAGACCGAUUGCUAUGAAAUUUGGUACACGGGUAUAUGUAUUAUAACCUGGAAUAACACAGCGUACUUUCUAUCUCGAAAUUCCCACGGGAUCGAAGCCCCGGAGCGCGGCUAGUAUUUCUAUAAAGUUAUUACAGUGUUACAAUAAGAAUUCACAACGGUCAGAAACACAAAUAUCCCUAAAUGAUAUAUUUAAGGUUCCUUACGUCAAAUAAUAUAGUUUCUUUUACAAAAAUGUCAUUUUUGCCACGAGCUUUUAUUGUCGUCAGAGAGAUCUUGGGACAUUUAACGGCUGACAAAAACCACACGUCCGUGCUGUAAAUGGUUGAAGGGUUUCCCCGUUUGGUUGUCAAUAUCUCGGAUUCGAAGCAACGUAUCGCGAUGAAACCUAUACCAGAUUUUAAGUUAGACCAUCAGCUAUACAACCGUGAAUACCGCAUCGAUUAAAUUAGUAAUUUUUGUGUGAUGCGUGAACAAACAUACAGACAGGCGAAAAUUUUAAAGAAAGGUUGGCUUCUAUUAACUUAGUCUCAUAUGUACAGACAGCCCACUUACAUUAUCUAUGUAUAGAUAUACCAAUAUAGUACCUACAGUAAAGCAUUUUAGACGAGGCGUUAGUCUGUCAGUCUGUAUAUAAAGUGAAGGAAAUAAAUUAAUGCGCUGUGUGCACUUGAUAUUGGGUUUUAUUUGCCAUAACAUGCUGUAUAUAACAUCUGUUUCUUUGUUAAAUUAUCGUUUGUUCGCCCGCGUUAUUUUCAACGGUAAUUUUAUUAUGACGUCUUUGGUACCGGAGUAAAUGACGCAGGCGUUCAAUAAAAUAUGAUUUGUUAUGAUUGUAUAAUUUUGUAACUGAAAUUGAAUAAAAGGUAUUUUACCAUCA